GCAGCGGAAAGUCUGGGAACCCAAGCACAUCAGAGUCUACAGUCAUGGCUGAGCGCCGCGCAUUCGCCCAAAAUAUCAGCAGGACUGUAGCAGCUGAGGUGAGAAAGCAGAUUGCUGGUCAGUAUGGGGGCUCCCCACAGCUCCUCAAGAACCUGAACGUGGGUGCCGCUGCAAGCAACACCGUGCCUCUCACAGAGGCAGUGGAGCCAGUGGAUUUUGAGGAGUACCUCAGCACUCACUCACCCAUCAUCGAGUUGGGCCCCCUGAGGGACCUGAUCGAGUUUCCCCCGGACGACAUAGAGGUGGUCUGCACCCCCAGAGAGUGUCGCACAGUGGGACAGGCCGUGCCUGAGGAAGGGCACAAUGAUGCCCACGUCAGAGACUGUGUCAGGUCCUACACUGAGGACUGGAACGUUGUCAACAGAAGAUACCAUAAGCUUGGUACUGGGUUUAACCCUAACACCCUGGACAAGCAGAAGGAGCGGCAGAAAGGCCUGCCCAAACAGGUGUUUGAGGCUGAUGAGAUGCCAGAUGUUAGCGCUCAUCAGGACGACCAGGAUGACCUGAAGCGUAGGUCCAUAUCCAUAGACGACACUCCACGUGGCAGCUGGGCCUGCAGUAUCUUUGACCUGAAGAACUCUGUCCCCGACGCCCUCCUGCCCAAUUUGCUGGACCGAGCCCCCAACGAGGAGAUCGACCGCCACAAUGAGGAGCCCCGCAAGUCCAACCGCCAUCGCGAGCUCUUUGCCCUGCACCCCGCCCUCGAAGAGGAGGAACCCAUAGAGCGCCACUGUGUGCCUGAUGUUCCUAAGGAGCACUUUGGCCAGAGGCUACUCGUCAAGUGCUUGUCCUUGAAGUUUGAGAUCGAAAUCGAGCCCAUAUUCGCCAGUUUGGCCUUAUACGAUGUCAAGGAAAAGAAAAAGAUAUCAGAGAACUUCUUAUUCGACCUGAACUCAGAGCAGACUAAAGGGAUGCUGCGCUCCCACAUCCAGACAGCAGCCAUCUCGACCCUGGCCCGCUCGGCCAUCUUCUCCAUCACAUACCCCUCCCAGGAUGUGUUCCUCGUCAUACAGCUGGAGAAGGUGUUGCAGCAGGGAGAUAUAGGAGAGUGUGCAGAGCCCUACAUGGUCUUCAAAGAGUCUGACACAGCCAAGAACAAAGAGAAGUUGGACAAGUUGCGGAGCCAGUCGGAGCAGUUCUGCACACGUCUGGGUCGUUACCGGACCUGGACAGCCAUCCACAUUGUGAACAGCGCUGGCAGCCUGGAGAGAGACACUGAGCUGGAGAUGGGACUUCCAGAGAGGAAAGGGUCAUGGUCGGAGAGGAGGAACUCAAGCAUUGCGGGCCGGCGCUCCCUGGAGAGGACUACCCGUGGAGACGAGUCAUGUAGUCUGAGCAGCUUCAGACCUGCUACCCUCACCGUCACCAACUUCUUUAAACAGGAGGGGGACAGGUUGAGUGAUGAGGACCUGUAUAAGUUUUUAGCUGACAUGAGGAGGCCGUCUUCUGUACUGAGGAGACUGAGACCUAUCACAGCCCAGCUGAAGAUUGACAUCUCGCCAGCCCCAGAGAACCCCCACUACUGCUUGACCCUUGACCUCCAGCAGGUCAAGCCCUACCCAGACAGCAGGGUCCCCCCCACCAGGGAGAUACUGGAGUUCCCACCUAGGGACGUCUACGUACCAAACACCACCUACAGGAACCUGCUGUAUGUGAACCCACACAGCCUGAACUUCGCCAACCGUCAAGGCUCCGCCCGGAACAUCACAGUGAAAGUGCAGUUCAUGAACGGGGAGGACCCCAACAACGCAAUGCCGGUGAUUUUUGGCAAGUCUAGCUGUGCAGACUACGCCAAAGAAGCAUACACUGCUGUAGUGUAUCAUAACAGGUCCCCAGACUUCCAUGAUGAGGUGAAGAUCAAGCUGCCGGCUUCUCUGACUGACCACCACCACAUCCUGUUCACUUUCUACCAUGUUAGCUGCCAGCAGAAACAGAACACCCCUCUGGAGACCCCCGUGGGAUACACGUGGAUUCCUAUGCUGCAGAACGGUCGUUUGCGUACAGGAAGCUUCUGUCUGCCUGUGUCUCUGGAGAAACCUCCUCAGUCCUACUCUGUUCUCUCCCCUGAUGUUCCUGUACCUGGGAUGAAAUGGGUGGAUAACCACAGAGGUGUUUUCAACGUUGAAGUAACAUCCGUUUCCACUGUCCACACACAGUUGUUCCAUGAGGAGCUGGCCCUACAGUGGGUGGUGAGCAGUGGCAUCGUCAGGGAGGGAGCUCUACAACAGGCCUGGUUCUUCUUUGAGCUCAUGGUCAGACUACACACAGCUGCAUCUCUGGCGCCCUUUUCACACUACGUGAAGAGCAUCAUCCACCACCUGUACUUCACCGAACGGCUGGAGUCGCCCAGAAAGAACCGUUUCCCUGAGCUCUUCUUGGAUGACAUCACAGCCCUGGUCAGCACCAUUGCUGGGGACAUUGUCUCACGCUUUCAGAAGGACCUGGAGUUGGUGGAGCGUCUGAACACCAGCCUGGCCUUCUUCCUGAAUGACCUGCUGUCUGUCAUGGAUCGAGGCUUUGUCUUCUCCCUCAUCAAGACAUACUGGAAACAGGUGUCCACUAAGCUGUACAUACUGCAGAACCCGACUCUGGAGUCCCUGAGACUCGACUUCCUGAGGAUCGUCUGUAGCCACGAGCACUACGUCACACUUAACCUGCCCUGCAGCCUCCUCACCCCGCCUUCACCCAGCGUGUCAUCCGCAACCUCACAGAGUUCUGGCUUCUCUACCCAUGCCCAGGACCAGAAGAUUGCCAACAUGUUUGAGUUGUCUGUCCCCUUCAGAGAGCAGCACUACCUGGCUGGUCUGGCGCUGACUGAACUGGCUGUUAUCCUGGACCCAGAGGGCGAAGCGAUGUUUGGCUUACAUAAGAAGGUGAUCAGUGUGGUCCAUAACCUGCUGUCCAGCCAUGACUCUGACCCCCGCUACGCUGACCCUGAGGUCAAGGCCCGUGUCGCCAUGCUCUACCUGCCACUCAUCGGCAUCAUCAUGGAAACGCUGCCCCAGCUGCACGACUUCACGGAUUCUCAUAUCCAGUGGGGCCGCCCUGGGGGAGCUCAGGAGUCCGCAGAUGGGGCCGGGGGGGAUGAGUCUGUAGAGGACGGCAACCGCAUGAUCAGUCAGAAUGUUGCCAUGGCGAUAGCGGGGACCUCAUCUCCAAUGUCCCGUCCCAGCAGCUUCCUGCUCAACCCACAGGCCAGUCGUCCGCACGCCACCUUCUCAGCAGAGUCCAGUCGCAGUCUAUUGAUCUGUCUGCUGUGGGUUCUGAAGAAUGCAGAUGAGUGUGUACUACAGAAGUGGUUCACUGACCUGUCUGUCUCCCAGCUCAACCGUCUGCUGGACAUGCUCUACCUCUGUGUCUCCUGCUUCGAGUACAAGGCCCAUGUUGUUUUCACCACCAUGCAGGGGAAGAAGGCCUUUGAGCGCAUGAACAGCCUGACCUUCAAGAAGUCCAAGGACAUGAAGGCCAAGCUGGAGGAGGCCAUACUGGGGAGCAUCGGGGCACGGCAGGAGAUGGUCCGCCGCAGCAGGGGACAACUGGGUACACUAGAGAGGAGUCUGUCAGGCAGUGCCUUCGGCAGCCAGGAAAACCUGCGCUGGAGAAAAGACAUGACACACUGGCGCCAGCACAGCGAGAGGAUGGACAAGACCCACAGAUCACUCAGGUUUAGAGACAGCAUCCUACUACACAGCCCAGGGAGUCCAACCCAAACCCAGGAGCCUUUAGUAGUUAGGACCCGAGCGGAGCUGGAGCAUGAAGCACUUAUUGACGGUAACCUGGCAACGGAGGCCAACCUGAUCAUUCUGGACACUCUGGAGAUCAUCGUCCAGGCGAUGUCUGUGACCGAGUCGAAGGAGAGUAUCCUGGGGGGAAUGUUGAAGGUGCUGCUCCAUAGCAUGGCCUGUAACCAGAGUGCCCUCUACCUCCAGCACUGCUUUGCUACACAGAGGGCUCUUGUCUCCAAGUUCCCAGAGCUGCUGUUCGAGGAGGAGACAGAGCAGUGUGCAGACCUGUGUCUGCGUCUACUGAGGAACUGUAGCAGCAGUAUUGGCACCAUCAGAUCCCAUGCCUCCGCUUCGCUCUACCUGCUCAUGAGGCAGAACUUUGAGAUCGGCAACAAUUUUGCCCGGGUGAAGAUGCAGGCGACCAUGUCCUUGUCUUCUCUGGUGGGAACGUCUCAGAACAUCAACGAGGAAUUCCUCCGGCGUUCCCUGAAGACCAUCUUGACCUACGGCGAGGAAGACCUGGGACUCCGGGAGACCACCUUCCCUGACCGGUUAACCGCAGCAGACAUGCUGGAUGUCAAUAGAUUAGUCCAGGAUCUGGUGUUCAACCUGCACAUGAUCCUGUCUGAUACAGUCAAGAUGAAGGAGCACCAGGAGGACCCAGAGAUGCUCAUAGACCUCAUGUACAGGAUCGCUAAGGGUUACCAGACGUCUCCAGAUCUGCGUCUGACGUGGAUGCAGAACAUGGCGGGUAAACACUCUGAGAGGACCAAUCACGCGGAGGCAGCCCAGUGUCUGGUGCACAGCGUGGCCCUGGUGGCGGAAUACCUCAGCAUGCUGGAGGACCGCAAGUACCUGCCGGUCGGCUGUGUCACCUUCCAGAACGUCUCUUCCAACGUGCUGGAGGAGUCUGCCGUGUCUGACGACGUGGUGUCUCCCGAUGAGGAGGGUAUCUGCUCGGGGAAAUACUUCACAGAGGCUGGCCUAGUGGGGCUGCUGGAUCAGGCUGCUUCCUCCUUCUCCCUGGCUGGUAUAUACGAGGCGGUGAAUGAGGUGUACAAGGUCCUGAUCCCCAUCCACGAGGCCAACCGGGACGCCAAGAAGUUGGCCACCAUACAUGGUAAACUACAGGAAGCUUUUGGCAAAAUCGUGCACCAGAGCACUGGCUGGGAGAGAAUGUUUGGUACUUACUUCAGAGUCGGAUUUUACGGCUCUAAAUUUGGGGACUUGGACGAGCAGGAGUUUGUGUACAAAGAGCCUGCCAUCACCAAGCUAGCAGAGGUCUCACACCGACUCGAGGGGUUUUAUGGCGAGCGCUAUGGGGAAGACCAGGUGGAAGUCAUUAAGGACUCCAAUCUAGUGGACAAGUGUAAACUGGACCCAAAUAAGGCUUAUGUCCAGAUCACAUACGUGGAGCCGUACUUUGACACCUAUGAAAUGAAGGACCGCAUCACGUACUUCGACAAGAACUACAACCUGCGUCGCUUUGUCUACUGCACGCCGUUCACGCUGGACGGGUGUGCGCACGGGGAUCUGCACGAUCAGUUCAAGCGCACAACCAUCCUGACCACUUCCCACGCCUUCCCCUACAUCAAGACCCGCAUCAACAUCAUCCACAAAGAAGAGAUCAGCUCCAUGCCCAUUGAGGUGGCCAUAGAGGAUAUGCAGAAGAAGACCCAGGAGCUGGCCGUCGCCACUCACCAGGACCCCUCCGAUGCCAAGAUGCUGCAAAUGGUCCUGCAGGGGUCUAUGGGGACCACCGUCAACCAGGGACCUCUGGAAGUGGUCCAGGUGUUCCUUUCAGAGAUCCCCAGUGACCCUAAACUCUACAGACACUACAACAAACUACGCCUCUGCUUCAAAGACUUCACAAAGAGGUGUGAAGAUGCCCUCCGUAAGAACAAGAGUCUAAUUGGUCCAGACCAGAAGGAGUACCAGAGGGAGUUGGAGAGGAACUACCAUCGUCUGAAGGAGGCGCUACAGCCACUCAUCUGCAGAAAGAUACCCCAGCUUUAUAAACCUGUGCUGCAGGUCACAGCAAACGGACAGCUUCACCAGGGAUUCCUUCAGCAGAAUGAGUCUCCGCAAGCUUGAACUUUGAAGAUGAAGAACAUUUUUUAAUUAAGAAUCAUUGCCUUAGUUUAUUCAUGUGUAAAGACCGAGUCAGCAUUCCCGAUAGCGAGCAGAAGGAAAGCUAAAGGAGUGUUACCACGAACUCGGUACGUCAUACACAUGUCUUGAUCUUACGACGUAUAAUGUCAAAUCUGUAUUCCUAUUUCAUGUGUGCACUUUUUUUAUUUACUGUGUAUCAAUGCAUUUUACGACUUGAAUGUUUUAAUAUUUAAUCAAAAAUUGGAAGGAAAGAAAACAAAAUAUGUAUCUAUUUAUCAUCAUGCUUUCUAAUUUUAGCUACAUUUUAGCUACAAAUGUUUUAAACAUUGACAUUGAAUAGUUAUGUCUUUUUUUUGUUUACUAUUUUACUAAAUAAAUAUUUUAAUGUCCAAAUUGGUGAGUACUGUUCUUUGAAGACGAAAAAGACAAUCUUGAAGAACUCUUGGGCAAACAAAGAAAAGCUUUGUAUAUGCUGGUGUUUUAUUAAAUGUACAAGAGAAUCUAAAAAUUAGGAGGAGCGAGAAGUAUAAAAUGUGUGGGAAUAAUUCACAUGCAAAAGAAUCUACUCUGGACUUUUCUGGUUUCAAAACCAAACCAUUUAUUUUAAAUCUUUAGAAUAUAAUAUUUUUGACAGCGGGGAAAAGAUUAAUAGAAACGAUGUUUUACAUAUGUUACAACUUUAUUGCUUAUAGUAAGUCAUCAUUCAGAUAUGAUCUUUCAUAGGGCCAGAACUUGUUAACUGGAAUGAGGUACUGCUGUUGGACAGAACUUCACAAGAAAACAUCCAAUGUAGGCUAUAUCCAUGAUGCAAAAACAUGUCUUCUUCAAUACGAUGUUGUACUAGCAUUUUGUAAAGUGAUUGGCUAGGUAUUUAUUGACUGCUUGAAUGUAUUUAUACAAUUUUGUACAAAAUAAUAAAUCGACCAA